AUGGAAGUGUUACUAUGGAGUAAUGGACUGAAAAGACCGGGAAGUGGUGUCUUAAGAGUUUGUCAAAAGUGUAUCAAUGGUUACAAUUAUAAUCAAAGUCGACAAUCGAGACAAUCGGUGGUCAAACACAAGGCUUUGAUGAAUCUGAGGAAAUACUAUUUGGUGGACAAUAAACAGCAAACAAAGUCUUUGAAUAUCUUUGAGACUCCCAUAGGAAUUGUGGAUCCAAUCGAUGGUAAACCAAAGACAUCACUAACUGUUGAUAUUCUCGGGAGAGAAACGUUUCCACAAUUGACUGAAUGGCGGAAAACACAACUCAUCGAAAGGACGCGAAGAUUACUUCCACUUCCCAUCUCUUUGACGGGUUUGGGAGAUGGAGACAAACCCCGGUUCUGGAGUCAAGUGAUGAAGAAGUCGUCGUUUAGGUUAAACCAAACGCAACGGUCAUCCCAAUUGACUCUUUACGAGACGAUUCCCGUUUCGUUAAGAGUUUUUUUAGACAAUUUUGAGCACAAAGUGCCGCAAGAGUUGAGUGAAAUUCAUAUGAUUUACAAGAAAUCCAAAGAACUUUAUUUCGAGAAUUUGAAUAAAACUCAAAACCAAUUGAUGGCAAAGAAGGAUAAAAUUCUUCGCUUUCCGUAUGAAUUGGUUUCUUAUGUGAAACAAAAGCAAAAUCUCAUGAAAUCCGAUGAAACGGAUGACGCGAUACAAGAGUCGCCGCGAUUUCAAAGCGGACUCAUUGACAAUGAAUACGAAGACUAUUUAAAACAUCACCACUUAAUGCAAUAUUUUGCCACUUCUUUGAAAGGCUUGAAACUCGAUGAAUACGAGGGAGAGAUCGAGGGAUGGAGAGACCAGUUCUGGUUGAGGAAUUACGGAACUCCUGAUCCAAAGGCCAUACCCUCGGACAUAGAGUGCAGUGGAUGUGGUGCUCACCUGCACUGUAGUGCUACUAAU